GCCCGGCAGGGGCUCUCCGGGGUUCUCCUCGCCCCCGCCUCUCGUCGCUGCCGUGCCAGGCCCCGCCGACCCGACCCAACCCAGCCCAGCCCGGGGAGCCCUCGCCUGUGGCGGGGAUCAAGCCGCCGCAGCAGCUGACUCUCCCCGCACCUGCCCCGGCCCGGCCGGGUGCGGCCCCACGGGGGGGAGAAAGGGGGCUGCCGGCGGCAGUUGGCCGCGCGUAGCCCCCGUGCCGGCGCCGUGGGGUGCCAGCGGGGGUAGGGUGGUGACCCCCCCGGCCCUGCUGCCGCUUCGUUGGCGGCGCGGUCCGGCGGAGCCCGGCCCGGUCCCCGGGAGAGCUGAGGCUGGCGUGUCUUUGGCUGUGCUGCCCCCCCCGCCGUCUCCCCUCUUAUUCAUAGAAAGCAGAUUCUGUUAGCGGCUGGCACUUGGGGCUGUGUGUGCAGUUCUGGCGUGAGGUGGUUUCUUCCUCUUUUUUUUUUUUUAAAUUUAUUUUUGAUGUGACCUCAUUGUCUCUUGGCUCGGUUACGAGUAGAGGCUUCUUGACACCUAGACCGAGUCUUCCUGAAUGUUUACACAGCCGCAAUUAGGAGCUGAAACUUGACAUUGCCCAGAGGCCCUGCUUAUGAUGUGUGUAAACAAUAAUAAAUCAAGUGCUGGUUUUAUCCUGAAAUAUUGCUUCAAUUAGCCACAUGUCCCGGGUCUCUGUGGAGUAGUCGAUAGCUUUCCCUCAUUCCCACAACCCCAGCUGUAUGGCCCAGAGUUCAUCAGUUUACAAUAUAAGUAGUUAACACAUCUGUGUGAUGCUUCUCUGUAUAGCUUAUCAUGAUUUUUUUUAUUAAUUCUUAAAUAUUUUCUGUUGUCCUAAAUGGGAAUAUAAAAUGUAAUUUUAGAGACACCAUCGUGUGUUUUUUCUUGUUGGUUUGUUUUGGUUUUUUUAAUCUGCUGCUGGGUUUGUGACCCCUUUUAUCAGUUAUAUCUAAGUAAGUGACUAGUAUGGUUUUCAGAGGGAGAAUGAAACUCUAGAUCUGGUACAAUACCCUUAUAAAUGAAUUUUUAUGCCAUGCAAUGAAUUUUUUUUUUUUUUUUUUUUUGGUCACAUGCAGAUAAGAGCUGUCAAGGCAAGAUUAAUUUUUGUCCUUACCCCUAUUCGGAAUAUGAUGUGUGCAUUCUGUUGAACAGAUCACAGGAAUAGGGAGCACGGACAGUAUGUUCUGAUCUGUGGAUGCUGGAAAACACUUGAGCCAGCAUCCUAUGCAGGAGGGUGUAGAUAGUUUUCGAUGUAUGCUAAAAGUGUCAUCUAAUUGUUGAAAAAUUCUUUCUUAGUCUUUACAAAAACGUGCACAUAUAGUUAGUUCAUAAUACUGUUCAUAAUUUUAUUCUAGAGCAUGCUCUGCAUGAAGUUUCGCUGGUGUAGAUUGAUUAAGGGAACUGUAACAACUACAGCUUUAGAAAUUUAUGCACCUUGCUGUUCUCUGUAGUGUGAAUACACUUAUUCCCUUUGCUCUAUGGGAUAUAAACUGUUUACAGUCUACCUGUGCUAUAGGGUUAUAUCCCUUUAGUUAUAUAUGUGUAGUUAAAGUGAUACAGCUUCUGCAGCUGGGUAAGCGCUGAAGUCUUGUUUAAGAAUGAGUCCUGGUUAGUCCCUGUUAGCUGCAUGUACAAAUUUUAUGGAUUAUACUUAACCAGGAAUCAAAUCGUUGUGAUUGUAUCAGAAAUCUUUGUAUGUAUUUCCAGACCUUGUAAUUGCUAGAGUAUCAAGCAACAGCAAAUGCAUCUUGAGUGCAUUUUCUAAAUAGCUGUGUAAAACAAAAUUACGGAAUUAUCCUUUUCUGAGUGUGUGUGUGUAGCCAUAUAUAAUCAUUACAUGUAAGUUUUCAAAAACUUGUGAGGGGAAAAACCCCCAAAAUAUUUCACAUUUAUUUAGUCUGAAGAAACAGUUUCACACUUCUUGGUACGUCAUUGUUUUUAAGCUAUCCAAAAUAAGUAAUUCUGAUUCUUUUUUUUAAUGUAUGUUCUAUCUUCAGUUUAUUUUAUGAAGCAUAUAGUAUAUUUUUAUUGUUGACUGUUACCACUCUACAUAUUUUCUUGUCAUGUUACGAUUAAAGUAUCCACAGGAAAACUUCAGUGUAGGUUUCAGUAUGUUUUCUUAACGUAACCUUCAGUUAAGUGGUGAAAGGCAUAGUUCCAUUUACUUAGUUUGCAGGGUAAAGAUAGGUAGUGCAGAGGCUAUUGCACUGCACUGAGACCUUGAAGACUGAUACCGUUCAUUCUCAUUGAUCUCCUGAGUGAUUUGAGGGCAUCUUAAAUCUUUGCCUGUGUCUCCUUCUCUAAGUAAAUUGAAUACUAAUACCUGUCUCCUGUCUGAAGUGGGUCUUAUGUAGUUAAAUUGCUUUGCUGGACUGGAAUUUAUCUUGUUACUAUUUCCUAUGUGCUAAUAGGAAAACUGAGAAUUCUUCAAAUUUUAUGUGUGGUGUUGUUACGGUUGGUUGGGGUUUUUUUUGUAUUUGGAAAUUUCACUUUGGCAUGUAAAAAGUUAGUCUGAUGUUAAGUAACUUACAGCCUUGACUUGUACUCUUUCUUAAUCUAAAUACAAUUUUAAAGAUUUGGAUUAUCUUUGAAUAUAAAAAUAACAUUUUAAAACUAAGCCUUUGCAGUCUCCCAUUAGAGCAACUGAAAGGAGUUUGGAAUGCACUAAGUAUACAUAUUUAUUCUAAAUACUUCAGUCUUAUAAAAUGGGUAUGCCUUCUAAAAGUUGUACUUUCUUUUUCAGAAUUUUGCUUUCUGAGUGUAUUUUUCUCAUACCUUUCCCUGUACCAUAAAUGCUGUGCUGUAAUCAAGUCAUAAUAAUUCUAAUUGCUACCACAGCAAGUUUAGAAGUGUUUAGGAGCAGUUCAAUUUCCUGGAAAGGAAUAACGCUUUUGCUGUUAUUAAGCCCUGUACUAACGGCCAAGGGUGAAUGAUCCUCAGACCCACUACUGCGGUAGUGGAACUACUUGUUCUAAUGGCUCUGUUAAUGUCCUGAAUGAAGAGAGAUAUAGUCCAAAUUGUAUUUUACAGUAUUAUGUGGUGGUCUGGGAGCCAAAUGUUACCUCCGCAAAACUGGAACACAUGUGAAAGCUUACAAUAAAGCAGAUUAAUAUUUUUAUUUUGGUGUAAGUAAGACGGAAUUAUUUUUUUUGUGUGAAAUUUAAAAUUCCACAAAUGUUACUUCUCUCUUGCAGCAGCUGGUUGCUUCAGUCUCACUUGUUAAAAGAGUCUGUAGGUUUACAAAUGAUAAGUCUCGGGGGGGGGGUAUUUUACUACAGCUGAACGCUGUACAAAAUGUAAAACAACUUACUGCACUUCUAAGCAAGAGGAUUCCAAGAGCAAGGAAAAAAGCUGCUGAUAGAGUUCUUUCCUUUGUUAACUUGCUGCCAGAUGUUACCAAAGUAUUUUACUGGGACCAUUAUAGCUCUCCCUAAGAUAACCGAAUGCUGAAGUAUUCGCAUUUGUUAGCAGGUUCUUCACUUUGUUCAAUAAGAUUGUUUCAUGUUGUAACUGUAGAACAUGGAUGUCAUCAGAUGGAACUAGGGGUAGGGUAGAAAAUAAAAUGGCAACAUCAAGAAUCUGGAAAUGCCAAUCUUUGUUAAUGGAGCACUGGCAUGCUUUUAUGAAGCAGCAUGGGUAUACCAAGUCACAUAUGUUACUGAAAGACAAAAAGGAAGUUGGUGUUAGAAGUGGAAACAAAACUUAGAUCUGCUUGUCAUCACAUGCUUGCUUAUCAUUCUUUAUAUGAACACACUUGUUUUUAAUACAGCAACUACUGCAGGCCAUGUUGUUCUCACAGAUGUGUAUAAAAGAGCUAUUUGCUGUUAAUCAGGGUGGCUGUUUAAGUAUUUGGACAGUCAAAAGGUGAUUUUUGAAAAUGGGAACAAACUGGCUGUGAUAAUCGUGUACUGUCCCUUAGCCUGCUAUACCUGUGGGUCUGUAACUGUCAUCUUCUGCAGCUGACAGUAAACUUAGACGAAGUAGAAUAUGGUAGCUUACUGCUGAUGUACUAAAAGAGGAAUCCGUUUUUUAAAAACCACCAAUUCCAAUUGAUAUUUUAUAUGUGAGCUUUUGGAAUUGCCUGUGUUUUUUCUUGAGGACAGAGGAAGCUAGGGAAUGUGGCUAUACUUCACUUCCUGCUUAGUGUUUUUCAAAUUACAUAGCAAACAAAACACAGGGAAAAGGUUACUAUAAUACUUACUACUGAAGAAUAAAGUUCAAGUCUUUUAUAUUCAAAGGAAACAAAGGCAAUUAUGAAACAGAAAUUGGAACGUGAAACAUGUUUAACAUACCUAGAGAAUAUGGGAAUGAAAAUGUGUGUGUGAUGAUGUAUGUUUUGUAACUAAAGAACUUCCAGGUCACUCUAUGAUCACUUAAUUUACAUGUGUUCUAUCCCAUUUGUGUGUGUUGUAGGCCAUGAUAGCACCGAUGCCAGGAGUAAGGUUACUUCUUUUUUUUUUUUUUAUUUUGAGAUGUUUUCAGUAGCUUAUUUCUUAGUCAUACUGAAAUUUGCCAUGAUGAGUAUGUUUGAGCAGGGUUAUUCUGGAAACUUUAAGUGAAAAUGACUCAGCAUUUUGAGAAUUCCUUUAAGAGAAAUUAAAUAUGUUAAUUUAAAAGGGGGGGAAAUGCUUCUUUGGCUUAUUUAAGAGCAUAUCAACACUUCAGUUCUGGAAUUCAGCAUUGCAGAGGAGAGAGGGGAAGAGAGCGUAAACGUUGACAUGGAGCAUAUGGCUGUACCUUGAGAAACUUGAACAAAUCAUAAGCUCUUGAAAAACUGUUUCAUGCAUGUUACUCAGCAAAUAUUUAUUAACUAGGCUAUCUGAAAAUUCCAUGUAACACCAGUAUCUCCCUGUCUGUUGGUCCUUGCAUGUCACCUGACUGUGCAGUCAUCAUCUGGACCAAGUAGUUAAGCACGAUGCAUCCCACAGCAGUAGGUGAUGGGUCUUUGUUUCUUACUAGCCGACAUGCAAAACAGGAGAAUGAACAGAGGGUCUUCUACGCUUGAAUAAACAAGGUUUCUCUCCUCUACAUUGUACAUCAGUGGGAAUUACUCCGUUGGAACAAAAUAAUGUCGUCUUCAACCCAUUGAAGGAAAGGGAAUAUUUGUUCAUACUUAUAAUGAUUUGACAUAAUUAACAUUUUAUUAACCAUGAUGGCAACACAGACAUUAAGUAUAGACAACUAUCAAGAUGGACAACAGAUGCAAGUAGUAACAGAGUUAAAAACUGAACAAGAUCCCAACUGCUCUGAAACUGAUGCAGAAGGGGUGAGUCCUGCCCCUGUAGAAUCUCAAACUCCAAUGGAUGCAGACAAGCAGGCCAUUUACAGGCACCCGCUAUUUCCCUUGUUAGCAUUAUUAUUUGAAAAAUGUGAACAAUCUACACAAGGCUCAGAAGGCACAACUUCUGCUAGUUUUGAUGUAGAUAUUGAAAAUUUUGUAAGGAAGCAGGAGAAAGAAGGAAAACCCUUUUUCUGUGAAGAUCCAGAAACCGAUAAUUUGAUGGUAAAAGCAAUUCAAGUUCUACGUAUCCAUCUGCUUGAGCUAGAAAAAGUUAAUGAACUCUGCAAGGAUUUCUGUAGUCGUUACAUUGCCUGCCUGAAGACAAAAAUGAACAGUGAAACUCUAUUAAGUGGAGAGCCUGGAAGCCCUUAUUCACCUGUGCAAUCACAGCAAAUUCCAAGUGCCAUUGCAGGCACACUCAGUCCCCAAGGGAUUAUGGUGCCAGCAUCAGCAUUGCAGCAGGGAAAUGUAACUAUGGCAACAGUAGCAGGGGGGACAGUGUAUCAGCCAGUCACUGUGGUCACUCCACAAGGUCAAGUGGUGACCCAAGCACUGUCACCUGGGACUAUUCGGAUCCAGAACUCUCAGCUUCAGUUGCAAUUAAACCAAGAUCUAGGCAUCUUGCAUCAAGAUGAUGGCUCAUCGAAAAAUAAAAGAGGAGUUCUUCCCAAGCACGCUACAAAUGUGAUGAGAUCUUGGCUUUUUCAGCAUAUAGGGCAUCCAUAUCCAACAGAGGAUGAGAAGAAACAGAUUGCAGCACAAACAAAUCUGACACUACUCCAGGUUAACAAUUGGUUUAUCAAUGCUAGAAGGCGAAUUCUUCAGCCAAUGCUGGAUUCCAGUUGUUCUGAAACUCCAAAAACAAAGAAGAAAACAGCUCAGAACCGACCAGUUCAGAGGUUCUGGCCUGACUCCAUUGCCUCAGGAGUUGCUCAGCAGCAAUCUAACGAGCUCACGAUGUCAGAUGGUGCUGUUGUAACAAUUACAGCUCCAGUCAACAUGAAUGUAGACAGUCUCCAGUCUUUGUCAUCUGAUGGUGCUACUUUGGCUGUUCAGCAAGUUAUGAUGGCAGGGCAAAGUGAGGAUGAAUCUGUAGACAGCGGUGAAGAUGAUGGAGGAGAUCUCUCAACAACAAAUAUCAGUGGGCUGGUCUUGGAUAACAGCGAUUCUCUGCAGUAGGAAGCAAGAGAGUGUGACAAAUGUUUAGGAAAAAGAAUGAACUGACUGACUGUUUUUAUAGUUUGCACAGCAAACAUUUUACACAAGUUUUAUUUCUAAUAUGUUUUAUAUGUAGAUAUAGAAGGGUGCACUUUUUUGUAUUUCAUAGUAAGCUUAAAGAGUGUUUUUGCAGGUGCAGCAACUUCUUUCAAAUGUGCUUUUCUCAUUUCUUUUCCUUAUUUCAGAAAAUUAUAUCUGCUAAUAUAAAGAACCACAUAAGCACCCCUUUGUUCUAUGAAUUGGAAGUGCUGCAAUUUCUAAAGAAUUACGCAGUUUCAAUUAGUGCUGUUAUUUAACACAGCUCUUGAUGGGCAUGUGAUGUAAAUUUAAAGCAUGUGACACUAGUGUGUGGAACUUGAUCAUUAAGUUAGAUGCAUAUAUUUGAAAGAUGCUUCUGCACCUUAAAAACUGCUAGUCUGAGGUGGACAGCAACACACAUAAAAAGAAAAAUGUUGAUGUGUGAUUCAGUAGCGAAUGUAUGGCAAUUUAAAUAAGUUUAGUUUCUCUCAUAGUCCGUGAGCCUGUUUAUCAUUUGCUAUAAAAACUCCUAUUUUUACCUUGCCGGGGUUAUUGGAUAAAAAAUAUUUUUAUAAAUUCACUAGGAAUUGGGAUGACGACUGUAUUAAGCAGGAGGAAAAAAAAAAAAAAAGAAUUUCCAGAGGGGAAAAAUAAAUGUUUAGUAUUCCUAUU